AUGGUGGCACUCAUGAAGGCACGCGUGCUCAAAGUCCUGAAUCCUGAUUCUAAGGUCACAUGGAACGAGAGAAAUGGGUCAGGGUGGACUGUGACCGAUCAAGAUGGCAAAAGCAACCCUGUCAAAACUGAAAAUUCCUUGUUGAAAGACCUACUCACUACCAAGCAAUGCCGUCCUGAUACACGGGCUGGCGGCUCUGACACUGGAGCUCUGGCUAUGUCACCCAUGCCCGAGCGAGUUGUGGGAGAUGAUGGCAAACCAAAUGUAGGCCUCUUCGCAAUCGGUGUCCCUACUGAAGGUGCUCGCUGGGUCACUACAGCGGUUCCUAGACCCCUCGCAGAUUCCGUUCUGCUUCGUUCCGCCGACGCUGUUGCCCGAGCAGCACUGAGGCAGGCUCAGAAGGAUUUGCUGGACAAGAAACUUGGCUAG